AUGAAGAAAAGCGUCCUAAAAAUGAGGAGGAAAAUCAGAUACUGCUCUGCUAUCCGCCGACCUACUGUUAUAGAGCGAUACAGCAAGGCGAAGCAGGAAUACCUGGAAGCAGUAAACAAGAAUAAACUGGAAAGUUGGAAGAGCUUCUGCGAAAAGCAAGAUGGAGAAAGCCUGUGGGAUGGCAUCUACAGGGUAAUCAGGAAAACGAACGUAAAACAAAUUGAUCAACAACUUGUUAAGGACGGUGUGACACUCUCCUACCAGGACUCGGCGCAGUACCUGGCGGAAACCUUUUUUCCGGAAGAUACGAGCGCACGAGAGACUCUCUGGCACACAGAAAUGCGGAUAAAAGCCGCAACAAUAGAAGAAUCGAGUCAUGAUAACAACCAUGACCCGCCUUUUACGCCCAAAGAACUAGCGGAGUGUGCCAGGAGUUUUAACCCCAAAAAGGCCCCUGGAGGUGAUGGAUUAACGUCAGACAUCUGCGGCGAAGCAAUUUUUGCGGACCCAGACGUUUUCCUGGCACUGGCGAAUAGAUGCCUCGACCUGGGAUACUUUCCCAGUAUCUGGAAAAAGGCCACAGUAAUUGUCCUCAAAAAACCAGGAAAAGAUGACUAUAAUCAACCUAAAUCAUACCGACCAAUCGGACUUUUACCAGUACUGGGCAAAAUAAUGGAAAAAAUGAUGGUAAAAAGACUCAACUGGCACCUGAUCCCCCGUCUCUCCCUCAAGCAAUAUGGAUUCAUGCCACAGCGUGGUACAGAAGACGCCCUCUAUACCCUUAUGAGAAAAAUCAAGUUAGGCCUAAGUAAUAAAAAAUUAAUAACACUAAUAUCACUGGACAUAGAGGGUGCCUUUGAUAACGCCUGGUGGCCGGCCAUUUGUGUGAGACUUACUGAAGAGCGUUGUCCACCAAACCUGGCACUACUAGUACGCAACUAUCUCGGCGACAGGGAGGUCCGCGUCGUCUACGGAGGAGCCGUAGCGGCCAGACCAACAAACAAAGGCUGCGUACAAGGAUCCAUCAGCGGACCCACCCUGUGGAAUCUGCUGUUGGACCCACUGCUACAAACAUUAGAGAGAGCCGGAGUGUAUGCGCAGGCCUUCGCGGACGACGUGGUCCUCCUGUUCGAGUCCAACACGGCGCUAGAAACAGAAAAAUUAGCAAACGAUGCACUCACGCAGAUUUGCGAGUGGGGACACAAAAACAAAUUAAGAUUCGCCCCCGCAAAAACCAAGGCGAUGCUCAUGACAAAUAAACUUAAAUAUGACACACCACGACUCAACAUGGGCGGCACACCAAUACAUAUGUCGAACAGCGUGAAGAUAUUGGGCUUGACAAUAGACCAUAAGAUCACCUUUAGCGAUCAUAUUAACGCAGCUUGCAAUAAAGCCAUCGGCCUCUACAAACAGGUAUCCAAGGCAGCUAGGGUGAGCUGGGGACUCAGUCCGGAAAUUAUUAAAAUAAUAUAUACGGCUGUAGUCGAGCCCAUUGUCCUCUACGCGGCUAAUGCAUGGGCAGACGCGGCGAAUAAGGCAUACAUUAUUAAAAAACUAGAUACGGUACAGAGAAGCUUUGCCAUCAAAAUAUGUAGGGCAUACAGAACAACUCCACUCAGCUCCCUCAGAGUGCUGUCAGGUUUGCUCCCACUAGACCUAAGAGCACACGAAAACAAAACCUUAUAUGAAAUUAAAAAGGGGUACACGGCCUGCGAGCACCUGAAAGGAGCCGAGGUGGAAAUAAAAACACCUUUCUGCAAAACUUCCCAUCCGGCAACGGCAGCAUUGGAAUAUGUUAUCCUGUCCAAUGAAGAACUUACAAUAAACGGUAGUAGUCUACAAAUAUAUACGGAUGGUAGCAAGACGGAAGAAGGGGUGGGUGCUGCGAUCUCCCUUUGGAAAGGAGACAUUGAAAUAAAGAGCCAAAAGCUGCAUCUGGCACAUUUUUGCACUGUGUACCAAGCAGAGCUGAUGGCGUUAAAAAGAGCGGCGCAACUAGCGGUGCAGCGGAAGGAAACUGAGGUCCUCAUUUACAGUGACUCAAGGUCUGCGUUGGAUGCGGUUGUGGGGGGACGCUCUUUCGAUCCCCUUGUCACCGAGAUUCGCGAACUUCUUAUCCAACACUCAGAAAAGAACAUCAAACUUUUCUGGGUUAAAGCACACGCGGGGAGGAGGGGGAACGAAAGAGCGGACCAGUUGGCCAAAGAAGCCACAGGCGCAAAGCAGAAACCGGUCUACGACCGCUGCCCGAUAUCAUACGUUAAAAAGUUAAUACGCGAAAACACGGUGCAAAAAUGGGUCACGAAACAGUCCAAUGAAACAACCGGGGCGACAACUAGGAUGUUCUUGCCCGACCCGGAGACCGCGUACAGAACUGUAAGAUCCAAAGGAUUUAAUCCUAUAAUGACUCAAAUAUUAACAGGGCAUGGAGCCUUCGCGGAAUACCUCCACCGUUUUAAAAUAAAACCAAGUCCCGCAUGUGAAUGCGACGAAAAUGCGUUACAAACGGUGGAGCAUCUCCUAACAGAGUGCCCCAUAUUCACCAUACAAAGACACAAUCUGGAGCAGACCGCGGGAAUGCGGAUAGCGCGUAAUGUGCUGCCCGACAUCCUUGCGGGGCACAGAUUGGCCUUGGAAAAUUUUUGUGAGCGGAUUCUGGAACGGACAAGACGAUUUAAUGGCGCUCAAACUAUUGACAAACAAAAUAAUAGUAAGGAUACAACAAAAAUCUAA